AUGGAUUCUUCAAAGAUUGCAGCUUGGAUGAACUGGGCAUUGUUCUCUAUCUUGGCCAUGCUGUGCGAAAACCACAAGAGCCAUUAUACCCAGCUUCUGCAAGCCAGAUUAUUCCCCACUACAUCAGAUCAACCAUCAACUGCAUUCACUUUUGAGGUUCUGGAUGAGCUUCAUCUCCAACAUAUAGAAUGCAAAACUGUGUCUUCAAACUUCUACAGUUUGCUUCGGAGGAAGACAAAUUUCAAUGCUCCAUUAGAUGUUCCGGACCGCUCAAGGGAGAUAGAGCGCAUUUCACGGUGCUACCGUGAUCUGUGUAGCAGGCUGAAAAAUGGUUGUUGGGGCGAUGAAGACAACACCCCAGGGCAACAAGCAAUAUUCUGCCCAGCAUGCCCUCAACUGGGUAUCAAUGUGACAAGCAAGACAUGGAAUGCUGCCACUGAUCCUGACUGGCUGCUCUCUCCAUUGCUGGUGGCCGAUGGCAACUUCAAGUUUGAUCACCUGCAGCUGAAAAAUCCUCAAUCUGAUGUCAUCCUUCGUGACGGCACUGGGUUUCUGGUCACUACUAGCACCUACGAGAACCACUUGGAUGUCACAUCUGGGACCCAAGAGAAAUCAAACUGCGCCAAUCACAAGGCAGUAAAUCAGGCAUCACGGCCACGCAAACAUGUGGACAACACUGGUAUUGGAGCAAUCACCUAUGCAAGGCAUGGCUUCUUUGUUCCACACUCAAUCGUCAAUUUUGAAAAGGGAGAGCAACAGAAGAACAUGGACUUUGCACUCUCUGAGGCGAUGAAGUUUUUUACCAGCCUGAAAAAGGAGCCAUUGCAACCCGCCAUUACCGUCAUCUAUGAUGUCAUGUGCCAGUAUGGUGUUCAUUUGGAACAACACCUAGAAGAUGGUCCCUUUUUAGAGAAGCCAACAAUGCCAAUUCAGAAGGCCAUUGGUAAAUUUCAUCUUGGAGCACACAUUGACUCUUGCUUCUCUACAUUCAGUCUGAACUUUCUUCGCAGUGCGGGGCAUACAGAUGGGGAAGUUUUGGAGACAUUAUGGGCUCCACUAAACAAGAUCACUGGAAGUACAAGAUCUAUGACAUUGGCCCACCAACAGGAAGUAUUGGAUGAUUGUGUUUAUGACUCUAACUGGAAGAAAAUAACCAAUCUAAUUCCAUCUCUGAUAAAGAAGUGGAAGCGUGCCAAAACAUCAUUUGCCAACAUGAAAGAGGCUUAUGAGGAUCUUAGAUGCCGGUUGACAGAGGAUGAUUUAGAGUCAUGGAAUUCUCAGGCGGAGCAAGCAUCUUUGCUCCAUGGUAAGGCUUUGGAAAUUUAUGAUGUAAAGACAGAACAAAAUCCAUCAGUGGCUGGUGUUUGGUUGGAAAUGGUGGAAAAAGAAUUGGUUAAUGGUGCUUACCUUUUAGGUGGUGUGGUGUUCAUCACCAAAGGCCUAUCAUUGGAAGAGGCACAAUACAAACUAUGUGUGUUCAUUAAAUCUGUUGGAAACUUUCCUACCAUCCCACAGAAAAAUACUAUUGCUGAUAAACGGAGGAUUAUGAAAAGGAACAUAGAACAGCAUUGCCGGCAGGGCGAAAAGUUCAUGGGGUUGGGUUCUGUUGGGGAUAGUGAUUCUGAUGACAAAAUGGAAGAUAGUGAUAGUGACGAGGGUGAGGAGGACGGGAAUGAUGAAGAUGGCUACAUGCCACACGUAGGCUCUCCAAAUGCAGACUGCAAAAGCAUUGGGCAAACACCAGAGCAAAUGAGCAUUUGCUUUCCUUCAUCCUUCACAGCUGAGGAGCGGGUUCGGAUGGGGUGGACAAAACUAGCAGAACAGGAAGUCCAACUUCAGGAAGCACAGAUCAAUGAUGCACUUCACAAUCUCCGGAUAUCCCUUGGCAAAAAAUCACUUCGAUUUCGAAAGGUCUUGCGCAGUGAUCAGUCACAGAAACAUGUCACAAGAGCAUGGAGUGGCAUCAAUACUUACAACGCCAGAGCCAAUCUACAGGUGGAUAUAUAUGAGGGAGCAGUAGAAGCAUUAAAAAGGCUAGGUGCAGGAAACAAGUGGAAACCCAUUAACAGGGACAAGGAUUUGCAGAUGAAAGGUGACAUUGAACAUCCCAACAGAAUUGGUCAAUCAUCCCACAGUUUGGCUUGGUUCUGGAGGCUUCAGAGUGGUGAGAUCUCAGAAGAGGUUGAGGACAGCCCAAUGAUGAAAGAAUUUUACUGGAUCAAUUACCUCCGAGCAAAGGCCCGGAGAGAUCAAUGGGAGGAGGAAUUGAUACUGUUGAAGAAGGAAAUCUCAUGGGCUCUGGAGUGGUUUCAGUAUCAGUCGGAUAAGUGGAGCAAAAUGGCAGAUACUGAGGCAAGUUGCGGGCUGAUUGCCUACUGUCGUAAGAUGGCAUUUGUAUGGAAAGAGUUCAGAAGAAGGGGAAGGGAGGUUGUGCAGGAUAGUGGAUGUGUUGAGCUUGCCCAAGCUAUUUGA